ACUAAGAGAAGGAAGUGACAUUUACUUUACACAUUACACACAUCUUCAGCUUAGAACAUUGAAUUUUUUUCCUUUUGAAAUAAACCGUUAAAUAUGUUUAUCUCCCUAAAUCAACAUCGCAUGUAGGUAGCUAGGUAUGUACAAAGGGUAAGCGGAAAAAAUAUGGUAUUACUUUAAAAAAAAAAUAAGUUUUAAAAAUAUGAAAAUUAUUAGGCUAGGCUAGGUUCAGAAUCUGAACCUUGACAGUUGUGAUGAUAUGUGUGACUGUGACUAACAUUCUCACCGGACCUGACUUCAUUCAUUCAGAUGUAAUUUGUUAAUUUUAAAAUAACUCUUUUUAAAGAGGUGUACUAUUUUGGAUAGUGAUAUCUUGGCCUAUAAGAAAAACAAUACCUCUUUAAUCUUUAAGUCUUAAAGUUAAAGCUAGUUGACUUUAGAAAGUGUUGCCAUGGCCAUGGUGUAAUAUUUUGUAUAGUAGAAACUCUUAGUCUUAGUAGUAGCAGAAGGCUGCUUAUUAUGACUCAAGAACUGGUGACUAUGGAUGGUAGUAGUUAUAUUGGGUAGGCUGUAACUGUAGAUCAUUUGUCAUUACUUUUAAUGAGCUAUACCACUAAAUUUUAAAUAGUAAAUCAUUAUACAUAGUCAUAGAAUGUCAUAGACUAUUUAACUAUUUAAAUUUAGUAUUUAGCAUCUUUUUAGAGCCAUGGGGAUGGGUGGGAAACCUCUUUGUAUGUGUGGUGUGUCUGCUACUGUGUACUUCUUUUAUCAGUAACAAAAUUUCUUUGUUUCACAUUUCAGUUGAUAAACUGAACCAAUAUUUUGGAAACAUGGACUUACUAUAUAAUACUAUAGGCUAUACUAAACUAGUAUGUACUAAAAUUGUAAAAUACUCAUAGAUCAUGGCUUUUAACUUAAAAUUUAAAUAAAUGACGUCAUGCAAAUUUGGCUGAUUUUUACCCUUCCCCGUCAUCACAAAUCUUCACAAAAAGUUAGACUCUCCCCCCCCCCCCUCCAAUGUACAUCACAAACAUAAAAAAAUCCAUCUGACCAUUACUGUCCUUUACAAACCCUUACAAAAAUUACCUCCCAUGGAUAUUGAAUUACUGCAAAUGUGUCAUUACCCUAUAACAGUGGUUCCUAAACAAGGGUGAAAGUGCAGAAGACACAACAAAUAAACUUCAUUGGCUGCCAUUGCCAGUUGUUUCUACCAGCAGUUAAUUUUUUUCUUCUGGUGAAUUUCGUUUACGCAUUACUGGUAUUGGUAAUAUUUUUCUUGCAUCUAGAAAGUUAAUUUGACAAAUAAAAUGACAAUAAAUAAAUUAUUUUCAUUUUAAAAUUUUAUUGUAGUGGACAGAGGGAUUUUUUUUAUAUGGGGGGAGGGAGGAGAGUGCAGCGGUUUGUGUCAUUAUAUUUUAGGGGGUCUAACUUGUUUGGGGAAGGGGGUGUAAAAAAUAUGCGUGGCAUCAUUUAUGGAUGGCCCCUAUGCUGUAACAACUAUGAGUUUUGACAGUUGGAAAAAAUAAUUGGUGUGCAAACAUUGGCUUGUGUGCCACGAGUUGCCUAUCCCAACUCUAGCAUCUAGUAUACUUUGCCAUUAGGUGCACAUACUAGAGAUCAUAAAUUAACUUGUUUUCUUUUUUAAGGUGCCUUGAGCUCAGCAUGAUAUGCCACACUAUCAUCUGAGUUAAGUUUGAGGAUUGAAUUAAAUAGCAUUACUUGUAGAAUCUCUUAAAGUUCUUGUAAAACUAAUAAAAUGCCUGCAAUUCGAAGAACAUUGAAAAAUGUGGUGAAGAACUACUCAGAUGCCCAGGUGAAAGUUAGAGAAGCUACUUCAAAUGAUCCAUGGGGUCCAUCAAGUACCCUCAUGAGUGAAAUUGCUGACUUGACGUACAAUGUGGUGGCGUUCACAGAAAUAAUGCAGAUGAUCUGGAAACGCCUUAACGAUGAUGGAAAAAAUUGGCGGCAUGUCUAUAAAUCAAUGGUUGUUCUGGACUACAUUAUUAAAACUGGAAGUGAAAAGGUAAGAGAAGUUUUUAAAAAACAACAGUGAGCUUGAGUAUUUUUUAAUUUCUAAAAUUUGUAUGUUAACCAGAAGAUCAUAUAUAUCUUCACAUAAAAAUGAGAGAUAAAGGCAAUGAUUCCACACACUAAACUUGCACAGAUCUUGAGCAGCUUCGAUAUUUACAUGUCUAGAUUUCAUUAUUUAACCCUUAACAGUCCAAACCUAUUCAGCCUUGUCUACUCCCAGCGCCCAAGCAAGGGGACAUAACUCCAUUUUAAAUGAAGGUUCUUUAUCUAAUUAAUUUACAGAAAAUAAACUAGAAGCAAGAAAAUAAAGUAAAAAAUACCUAAAUACAAAUAAAUGAUUUAAAUUUAAGCAAAAUUUGAAACCUAAAAAGAGUUUCAGGGACCCUCCUGACUCCUACUUUGAUUUCUGAAACAUUCCCAGACCACUCAUGAUCUUGCUGAUCAGUUGGACUGGAAUUGAUGGGUCCGUUGUCAUCCAUGGCUCUAUUAUUACUAUUAUCUUCUUCACUUGAAUAUCUAUUACAAGUAGCAUCAUUUAAAUUAAUGUCUCUAUCAGAUUCUUGGCUAUCGCUGCUAGACUCAUGAAAUAGUGAAGCUUCAUUAGGUCUAAGUUCUUUCAAAAUUGUAUCCAAGGCUUGGAAAGCCAUUUUUACAGCGAAAAAAUCACAACUUUAAAAAAAAUAGUAGAAAAUGAGCCCAUAAACACACCGCGGUCAAACUAGUAUCAAAAUAAAUGCUGACAAUGAGGCUGUCUUCCGUAGAACUUAAUGCGCAAUGGAUUUCUGCUGUGCUGAAAACGAAAGUAAACAAUCUCGAAACAGGCGGUUUGGCCGCAAUGGACUGUAGGCUUAAGGAAAAAUUGGCACAUUUCGGGCGCAUUGGACUGUAAAGGGUUAAUAUGUUGAUGAAAAAGCAAUAAUAAUUUUAAAAGCGAUAAUAAUUUUUGUGUUUUAAAUACCAGAAUUUAAAGUAAGGUAAAUUUUUAGUUUUUUUUUCCCAUUCUUUAAGGCAGUGGUUUCCAACCUUGAUGACCAGAGGAACCCUUUUCUGAAACAAUUUCUGAGGGUAGCUCCUUUGACCUUCCCUGUGUCUUUGAAGUUAAUGGUGUUAGGGAUUAGUAUCACUGGGGGAGGGAGCGGCGUGGAGUCCCUGAGAAGUCCAUGCUGAGUACUUAGAGCUCAUUGUAGCACAGGUUCGAACCACUGCCAUUAGGAGUUUUUUAAUUUGAUUUGGUUGUGGGAGUGUUUCUCAGGGACCCUACAAGUCCUAAACUAAUCCUUGGUGUUUUAUCUAAUCACUUUAGGUUGCGCAACAGUGUAAGGAGAAUUUUCACGCCAUAAAAACUCUGGUCAGCUUCCAGUACACUGAUGCUGACAAUAAAGAUCAAGGAGUGAAUGUGCGGGAGAAAGCCAAACAGUUAGUAGCUAUGUUGUCAGAUGAUGAAAGGUUAAAAAAUGAAAGAGCCAAAGCCCUCAAGGCUAAAGAGAGAUUUGCACAGAAUGCUAUGGGUGUGGGCAACGGUCAUGGCACUACCAGUAGAUCUCGUGUAAGUAAUAGGAAUGGAUAUGUUUGCUUCAUUUAUUUAAAUAUUGACUUUGGAAAUCCACUUAAAGGCAACUCUUUGAAUAAGCAUGUAUAAAUAAUAAAAUUGUAACAUUUUUCUAAUUGUAAAUAACUGUUUAAAAAAGAAAUUAAGUUGUUUUUGUUUGUUUUAAAGAUGCGGCUUGGUGGAAGUCCACCCAUGGGGGCAGGUUAUCAAGAUUCAUAUGGCUACCCAGAUUGUAAGUAUGCAGCAUCUUGUCUAUUUAAACUUUGCUUUCUAAAAAUAAAAUGUAAUAGUUUAAAAGAAUGACCAAAAUAUACUCAAAUGGGAAUUUUCUCCUCACAAGUAAAAAAUAAAAAUUUGAACCUAAAAUAAUAACCAUACUUAUUGGCAUAUAACAUGCCCCCCGCGCAUAAUACUCACCUCAAUUUAAGAAGGAAAUUUCAGGAAAAAAAACGAAACAUUGUAUCGGCAUAUAACACGCACACAUUAUUUGCACCCUAUUUUCGGGGAGAAAAGGUGCAUGUUAUAUGCCAAUAGCUACGGUAAUUAAAAUAAAGUGAAAUGACUAAUAUUUUUAAAUAAUAGUUUCAUUACCAUAGAAUAAAGAUUUACAUUUAUGGGUUAACCUUUAUUAUUUGAUAUACUUUAUUACUAAAAGAUUAAGUAAUAAAGCUAAAUCCAUACAAAUCUUAUAGUAAUUUUUAAAAGUUAGCAGAACAUGGAGAAACAUAAGGUGUGAAUUCUAUAGAUGGGUGGAUUGAAGCUAGAAAAUUGUCCCUUAUUAUAUUAGUGUUUAUGCCAUUUCUGAUGUAAUUCUUAUAGAAUUCAUUCUGAUUUGUUGUAAAUGUGGUCUAUACCAAUAUACUCAACGGAACCCAUGAUGAGACUAUAUUACUUGGAUGUCAUUUCAGUACCUAAAGCUACACAUCUAACUUGGUAAAAAAAAAUUGUCAGAAAUAAUUUAGAAGACUGCUAUCUAGCUAGAUAAGAAAAUAUGGAACAAAAGAAAAGGAAAUUGUUGCCAAAAGCUAUCUACGAUGAAGAAACAAAAUAUGAAUACAAAAAUAAAUUUAGCUCGGAGUAUGAAACUGUGUCUGGUCUGAAAAGAAACUAAGAAGUGUGGAUUUGAUCAGUUUUCUUCUUGUUCUUCAGUCUAGAAACAGCUUCCUACUGCAUGAGCUAAUUUUUAAAAAAAAAACUUAUUUUGUUUGUUCAAUGAAAGAGGCUUUUUACAAAAUGAUUGUCAUUUUUAUGGGUUUUUUUCAAAGUUUUUUCUUGUGUACCACAUCUCGUUGAAAAAUCUGCCGUUAGAUUCAAUAGAAAUUAGGAAUUUUGAUGGUUUCUGAUGUUACUGCUGAAAAUGUAAUGUGCAAAUAGGUGGAAUUAGAGAAUUAGGGAGUUGUGAUUCUGAUUUUAUGUACCGGUAUUCAAAGUGUUUUUGAUGAUGAUAUUAUUUUGUGGAUUAUUGUGGCCUUUGAGUGUUAAAGCAGUGGUCGCCAACUAGUGGGCUGCGAUAAAAUGUUGGUGUUCUGAAUAAAAAUCUAGACAUUAUUUGCAUGUUACUUACCAAACUUUUCACCCUGCGCAAGAAGUCAUAUUUUUCCAUCAACAAAAUAAUCAGAUACUUCAAUAACUCUUUUUUGACAUGAAGUUUUUAGCCCAGCUUGCAUAAAUGGAAGAAUUUUUUCAUUGUUAAAUGAGCUAAACGUAUCCUUGCAAGUACAACUUAAGGACAUGUUCACACAACGAGGCAAGAUUGGAUGCUUUUCAAAAGUAAAUAUUAUUGUGGCAAACAAGGUUGGCUGAAAAGGAUCUGCAAAUAUUGAUAAUGGAUCCAGUAAACAUUGAAGAUAGCAAUUUAAGCAUGAAAGACAAUGAAAAACUCUUUGAUCCAACUACAGACUCAAAGUUUAGUUCUAGUCAUCCUUAUCAAGGCCUCCUUUUUGGCUGUCCAUGAAAAAUUCAAUACUGAGAGAAAAAUCUAUGAAAACUUUGAUUUCGUUUUCAACAUGUUUGUGAGGAAAGACAUUUUCAUCUGUUACAGUAAUGAAAACUGGGUGCAGGUUUCAGUUUAAAAUUAAAUCUAUUCUCUGUCUUGCAGUGACGUCCUUGGAGACAAAUAUCCAUAAAAUUCACUCAAACAAACAUAAACAAUUAUCACACUAACAACGUGUAAAACUUAAAUAUGCUGUAAUUAUUUUUUAAAUAAUUAUACUACCUUAAAUAAUUUUGUUACCCUAAACAACCUUUAAAGAUUUUAUUAUGAUAAGCAUUUUUAAUUAUAUCAAAUAAGUGCAUAACUGAAAUUCUUGUUAAGAAAAUGCUAAUUAUUUUUAAAAAUGUUUCAAUUGUAAAAAAAUAAUUUAAGUGGUCCAACGGAUUUAAAAUGAUAAAUUUAGUGGUCCAUGAGGUCUGAAAGGUUGGUAACUGCUGCGUUAAAGUAUCCAUCAUCAAGUUUCCAGCCUUUUUAUCAUAAAAGAAUAUGACUGUGCACCUAUUUUUUAGCAGGCCUUAUUAUCUAUAUAAUUAUGUGGUAAUGAGUUAUCAAUAAAUUUCUUAGUUGAUAAUAUUUAAAUAAAAUGAAUUAUUUUGUAUCCUUAUAAAAUAUAGAUUAAAACAUGAUAAUUGCCUUUGUGUGAAGCACUAAAUAAAUUGCUAUUACAUUUCAUAAUAAACUAUAGCCUCCCCUGGUAGUGGCAGUGCGGGAACACCAUCUGAAAUUGAAUCAGCUCGUCCCUCUUCGGCUGGUGAAGAGGAACUUCAGCUGCAGCUGGCUUUAGCCAUGAGUAAAGAGGAGCAUGAAGAGCAUGUCCGCAAGCAGAAAUCAGAUGACAUCAAGUUACAGAUGGCUAUUGAACAGAGCAAAGAGCAAGCAAAAAAUGUAAGUAAGAGAUAUGGUGAGCAAUGAACAUUAAAAUCUUUGACCUAGGGUAAUGGAUUGAGAUUAUUGACUAUGCAUUCAAUAUAAAUAUUUAUUGCAGGUUUAAAUUUUAAACAAGAUCAAAAAAAUAAAAAAAAUGUUUAUCUUCAAUAAACUUAUGUUGCUAUGGUAAUGGAACUUUACUUUUGUGGCUUGUAUUGACAAAGAGCUUCUCUUAUCACUCCUAUAUUUGGCUAAGUUAUAAAAUUACCCGGUAAGCUAUUAUUAACAAUUUGAUUCAUUGCAAUAUAACAAACUAACAAGCAACUACAUUUUAACACUUGUUUAUUAUUUUAAAAAUAAUAAUUUACUUGAGAUUACUAAUUUUAAAAAGAAAAAAAAAAGGAAAAGUUCAACUGAAAUAAAUAUGAACCACAACAAAAUUUCUUGUUUCUUUGGUUCUUUUUAAAAUCUCAAGAGCAUAUUAUAAAUUUAUGAAGAUUAUUGUUAAAAUGUACAUAAUAAAAAUAUAAUACUCUGGUAUUGUGAUUCUUAAAAAAGUAUUUGGACUAAUUUGAGUAAACAAGUUUUAUAUAUGCUUUUAUUCCAACUUUUUGCUUCAUUAAACAUAUAUCUAACAAGGCAUCAACUUUUAUUAAUGUUCUUUCUCUGCUUUAGUAUUGUGGUGAUUGGUGCUUAAAACUAUAAGAACUUGUCUCACAGACUCCACCUUGGUGUGCAAAGUAAAUUGAACAAAAUGAAAGAGUAACUAAGGAAUCUUAUUUAAUACUAUAGAAGGCACCAAAAAAAAAUAUUAAAAAAAAAUUUGCUUAAAUUUGUAUUUUUUUUUUUUUUGGUCCUUUUUUGUGAGGUUUUGCGAAUGAAAUACCCAGCCUUUAAAAAAUCCUCCAUACUUCUAAUACUAUCUAAAACCACCCAUCUAAUCUUUUAUAGUAUUGUGGUGAUUGGUGCUUAAAACUAUAAAAACUUGUCUCACAGACUCCACCUUGGUGUGCAAAGUAAAUUGAACAAAAUGAAAAAGUAACUAAGGAAUCUUAUUUAAUACUAUAGAAGGCACCAAAAAAAAAUAUUAAAAAAAAAUUUGCUUAAAUUUGUAUUUUUUUUUUUUUUGGUCCUUUUUUGUGAGGUUAUGCGAAUGAAAUACCCAGCCUUUAAAAAAUCCUCCAUACUUCUAAUACUAUCUAAAACCACCCAUCUAAUCUUUUCCACUCAUAGGACAGGAGGCGGCAACACCAGUUCUCCAUAGUAAGCCAUUGUGCUGUGUGUAAGAGUGGUCUUCUUUAAGCAUGCCCUCUCACCUCUCCCAUUUAUGUCCUAGUUAGAGUAAUGUUACUGCUAGUCGUGUUGUCCUAGCUAGUUCAAUUUUAAGUCAAUUGAUCUUGCAUCAUGAGUUUGAGCCUAACAUCUAGACAUUUUGAAUUAGUGGUAUAAGAUUAAACUGUAAAUUACCCAUAACUAUUUACUUAUAGAAUUAUAUUUUUGUUAUCAAUUAAGAAUACUUGUCUUGUUCAGUAGAGUCUGUUGAUAUUUAAAUUUGUUUCAUAUACUUUUUUUUGAAUCUUCAGGUACUUAGCGUUAAAGCGUUGAAAAAAAGAUAAUAACAAUAAUUUAAAGUUCUAAAAAAUUACAUGACCUUGCAGAUGUUUCCAUAAACUAAUGGUUAUAAGCAUUUUACACAGAUAAAGAAACUGGUUCUGAUUGUUCUUGCUAUUUGCCUAUAUAUUGCUGUCUUUCUGUAACCCAUGAGUUAUCCAGUACUAUAUUAUUUUUCUCCUUUGUUGAUGUAAAUAUUGGUUCUAAUUAAAGAUAGUUUGCAUUUAAAACAAAAUAACUUUCUACAGAGUUCUGAAAAUAUCUUUUUAUUAUGUUGUUAUAUGAUCAUCUAUUUUUCAAUUUGAUUUUAUUCUGUUGAAUUUUAUACCAAGUUGCCUUUUAAAAAAAUACAGUAAGGCUAUCAAAAUCUGACUAACAUAAGAACUCGCUUUUUGCCAUAUGCAUUCUCCAUAUCAUCUGUUUUUCCGUUUUCUUUAUUUGAUACAUUAUAUUUCUAAUCUUUAGUUUAAAAUUUUUGUACAGUUCUUUAAAGUUUUUUUUGUUAAUAAUCAUGUCAUUUAAUUGAAAUAAAAAUAACUUUGAAUCACUUCAUCUGUGAAAAGAACAGUUUAACAAACAAAUCAAGUUCUGAAAUAUUACAUAGAUCUGAUUUAAACCAUGUGUCAUUGAUUCAAUUUCCUUUUUAGGGGAAAGCAUUAUACCAAAAAAACACCAAUGACUUAAUAAAUAUCAUAUCCCACCCUCCCUUGUGGCUGCAAAAGCUUUAUAAAAAUCAAAUCCCACCCUUCCUCAAGGCUGCCUUAUGUUCUAAAGAAAAAGUUAACCUUUUAACAUAAGCUAACUUUCUCUAGAAUUUGGUCAUAGAUAUAUCCCUAUAAAAUAAGAGAUAUUUAACCUUAAUUUGAAUUGGUUAUUACAUCUUGGUACCCACAAACAGAUCAAAAUAAAAAUAUGACAGAUUUCAGUCAAUCAGAAUUAUGGGAAUAUGUCUAUUAUAUGAAUUUGUAGGUAAAAUAUUUUGUGUGUGUGUUUUCUACCAUUAAAAGAUGGGUGAAAAAGAAGUAAAAAUUGAGCACCUGAUUUAUUUUUAAUGUUAGCUUUUAGGAUAUGUGAACCAUGUAAAUUAACUUUCCCCCCCAUGACUUACGAUUGUCUCCUUUCUUUUAUUUUGAACAGAAUUCCCAAGCAAGCACCCUUUUAGACUUGGCUGGACCAAGCACAUCUGGAGCCGCCAGUAAUGACCCGUGGGGUAUGCCACUACCACCUGCAGAUCCUUGGGCAUCACCGCUCCCAUCUAAUCCUCCAUCUGUGGACCAGUGGAGCUCCAGCGGGGCUGCAGGUGUCUCCAGACCUGCUGCCUACUCACCUGUUCAAGGGUCAUCUGCAAGUGUCAGUGCUCAUGUACCAGUCCAGCAAGAUCCCUGGGGCAUGUCUGUCAGUUCUCCUAGCCCCCAGCCAAGAGCAGGUGUGUUUCAUUUGACUUAUUUCUGCCCAAUCAUUUAUGCACCACACUUUAAAACCUUCCUUUGAUUGUUUGACCUUUUAAAUUAGUUUUAUUAUCUCAAAAUAGAGUUCAAUUUAACAUAUAACUGAAAUAAAAUAACUAAGAUUUGGUUGGUUAAAAAAGAUUAAUAAAAUCUUUUUUUUUUAUUCAGUAAAAAUAAUUUUGCCUCUGGUUUUUAAGUUGCACUGCAAAUAUUGCAUUAAAAUAAAACCCAUAUUAAAUUAAAAUUUAUAUGAAAUUGAAUUAAAGAGAAAAGGUAAGAGCUAGCAAUUGGUUUAAUGAACACAAUUCUAGUUAAUUACAGUCCAGGUUUGUGUUUUACUACCCUUUCCUACCCUUUUAAACAAAAUAUUUGUCUUUUGUCUUUGUUCCCACAAUCCCUGUAAUAGGGAUCCACCCUAUAACUUUAUGUGAAUAACUGAUAUAAUCAGUCAACAUGGUAAAUUUGCUUGUUAAUUAUUAUUUCUACCACAAAAAUUAAAUUCUUUCUUUAUUACUUAUGAUGAGACUAUAAAUCUAGACUUGUCUAUCUUUUUAUUUAAAGCCUAGCAUUUUAAUGACUCCUGGCUUACUGAUAUGGCUUUACUCAUUGCAAUUAAUAUUGCUUAAAACUUUGUUUAAAAUGACAACCUCCGACCACACAGUGAAAUAUCCCAGUAGAACCACUAUCCAAUGCUCCCUCCUCCAUAUCCUGAAAUCUCUCACAGGUGCAUGGUCAAGCACCAGUCCAACACCACAAGCAUCAGCCUGGGGAGGUCAGUCUCCAACUCCACAACAGCAGCCAAAGCCUGCGUUGGAUCCAUUUGGGGUCCCGAUAGGUACCAUACCCAAUGGAACUUCAUCAACAAAUAAUAUUGACACAGAGUUUGAUCUGCUUAGUGCUCGUAGCACAGAAACUUCUCCAGCUAAAUCUUCUGGGCUGGAUGAAUUUGAUCUAUUAGGUGAGUGUAUUUCCUGGGUAUUAUUAUGUGAUCUAUUAAUUAAGUGUAUUUCCAAGGUAUUAAUCAUGUUAUCUAUUAAGUAAGUAAAUUUCCUGGGUAUUGUCAUGUGAUGUAUAUUAGCAGGAAGUGAUCAUUUUUCAUUCUGGCUUUGUUGUAUAUUUGAUAUCCAUAAGCUGAAUUAUUUACAUACUUUUAAAACAAGGAAUCCAUUUUUAGAAACUUGAAUUAAUUUGAUUGAUCCCCUGGUAAUUGACCAGCUACAUAACUAAACAAUGUAAAUGUUUUAUUUUAUUUGGUAAUAUGGUCUAAAAAUCAAUUUUUAAUGGAUAUAAACACUACUCUGAGAAGAAAGGUAAAUUAAAGGUUGUUUAGAAAUAGUCUGUUUACGGUUGAAUGUGUUUUUAAAUUUCAUAUUUUAUCGGUAGGUGGAUCUCACACCAAUGGUUCAACAGGUGAUGCUUUUAACCUGGAUGGCCUCGAUCAAAAUUUACCUCAAAAUAAAAAAAAGAGUGCAGAGGCUUUCCUUGGUGGCCACGCAAACCUGGUUAACUUAGACCAGCUUGUGUCUAAAGCGCCUCCGAAAGGUAACCGUUUUAAACAGUGCAGGUUUGAUAAUUAGUUGAGCAUUCACAAGAUUUUAUGUUGAUCUAUUUUAAUCCCUCUAUUUUUGUUUCCCUGUUGCAUGUGCUAAUAAAUGAGCAUAAUAAUAUUAAUACAGUAUUUAUCAUUUCCUUCCUCAUUUUUUUGACCCUAUUACAUUAUCCAACCUUCUAUCCUCUCCAUAUCCACUAUAAGCAAACUGCUCUUUGUUUUUAAUUAAGUUUUUUUUUAUUCUGUUUGUUUAUGUAGAUCAAAGCAUAAAAAAGAUAUAUCUUUGAAGCUGAAAUUAUUGUCAUAAAAUACUUCCUCAAUGAUUCCAUAUUUAAAAAAAUUAUCAAAUACAGAAUUUCGGUGGUGUUGAUUUUUAUUUAUCAAUGAAUUUCUUUUUAAAAAUAAAAAUGUUUUUGAUUAGUCCACAUAAUUAAUUUUUACUGAGUAAUUUUUGAUUGAGUAUCUUUUACUAAGUAGCAUAAAGAUUUAGAAGGGGUGUUAAAUUUAUUCUUCAAGUUUUAAAAUAUCUUUCAACAAUUAAAGUACAUUUUAAAUGUAUAAAGUAUAUAUUUGGGAUCUUUUUCUCUAGUUAAGUUUGCCUGGACUACACUUGUGUCAAUGACCAUUGUUUCUAUUAUAUGUAAAAUUUACCUCAUUAUUUGUUCUUUUGAAUUUCAGGCAAUAACCCAUUUGCAAUGACAACUGGUAAUAGCAAUCCUUUUCAAGACCCAAACUCUGGUAUGAGAAUGCCAAUGGCCCAGAUGGCCCCCACAACAGCUCCUGGUUUCAUACAACCGGUCAGUGCUGGUCUGUUACCUGCCCCUUUGCUUCCACUGGGCUCUGCCCAUGUUAUGCAGCCUCAGUCCCAACAAGCUCAGGGUUACAACCCUUUCUUAUGAAACUACUUGGUUCUGGUGUACAGCAGGAUAAUCUGGGACUUUCAGAUUGUACAAAGAAAAUUGGUUUUCACUUGACAAAGUCUGGAAAUGUUAACCACCUUUCUGUCAAUGUGGAGAGAACAUCAUGCAGCUCUUCAUGGUUGGGGAAUUCAAAUACUGCAUGUUGCAAUGAUAAGGUUUCAUCAGAAUAAAUUAUCAAUGUGUAAGCAAUGGAGUCAUAGAGUAAAUUCACUGAAUGAAUAUCUGGAUCAUAGCAUGGAAGAACUCAUUCCCUGGCACUCUAGCCUGAAAUAUGGUGAUUGAUUUUGGGUUGUGGGCACUGGUUUGGUAGUCUGUCUAGUUUGAAUCAUGUCAUAAGACAAAAGGGCUUGUGAUGAGGCAAAUUGUAUCAACCUAAGAUAUCGCUAGUUGUUUCCCUUUUUCUAAACAUUAGAUUUUAUCCUUAACUGUCUGAAAUGAAAAAAAAAAAGCAACAACAUGGUACACAGUUAAAAACUUAUUAAAAAUUAUCAACUGCAUGGACAAUUACGUGAAUGAAGACAAAAUGUGUUAUGCUAAAACCAAGAUCCAUACCAUGCACUCAGUUGGUUUGACCGCGACAGAUUUAAUAAAAUACCGUAACAAUAAUAGUUUCAAAGAGUUGUCCAAGAAGGUCAGCAAGCUACCUAUGGAAUUUGUUUUUGCGGAAUUCGUUAAAGGGUUAAUCCUAUGAAACAAGCUAUUAUUCAUUGACAGUUGUUUGCAUUUGGAACCCAUGCAGUAUUAGAAAUGUAUUGUAAGGUGUGGUAGCUGAUAUUUUUCUAAAACUAAUCAAUUUCAUUAAACUUUUCAUGACUGAGAAAAAAAGUAAAAUGAACUUAAAAUUACUGAUAUAUCUCAAUUGAUUAAACUAGAAAUUGUUUUUAAAAACAAUUUCAUUUAAAAAAAGUCUGGCAGUUAUACAGGUUCUUCUGUUUUGGAUGAAAUAAGAUUUAACCCAUUCCACUCUUGGCAUGAGAGAGUAUAGUCAAAUAAACAGUUUCUAUGUCCAUAAAUAACAAAGGAGGAGAAAUCUGUUCAGACUAAACUGAAUGUUCUAAUGUUUAAGUUAACAUUGAGCACUGAAAUGUGCCAUAAAUUAUAUUCUGGGUUACAUUCUGUGUGUUAAAUCAAAAGUGUAACUAUUUAUAAAAGAACAAACUAAACAUAAGGACUAUUUUUGUACACUUGCAGCUUUGAUAUUUAUUUAAAUUUAAGGGUUUUAAGCAAAUUUUUAUAUACCAAACUAAGAGUGUAACGGCUUAAAAUGUGUUAAAUAUUUUUCUUAAGCACCAUAGUUUUAGGAUAUGCUUAAGUUGACUGGUAUUUGAUCGUAUCAAUCAGAUCUGUUUGAAAGUUGUCAUUGUAGCAUCAGCUAUUGUGGUCUGUCAACCAGAUGUCCACAACUUUUAGAAAACUCAGUCAAAUGCAGUAUUUUAUUCUGAUUCUUUAUAGUGAGAUCCAGGAAACCACUUUCAAAUGUGAAUUCACUGUGAUUAUUUAUCAAAGUAAUAAUAUGAUACUACACAAAGGGUCUAUCAUCAUUUCAGCUCAUCAUGUUUGGAAAAGGUCUUCUUUAAAAAGCCUUAUAAUAACUUAUAUAGAAUUUUUACUUAUGGUACUCAUUAGUUUAGUAUGGGCACUCCAUAUUCCAGUCAUUAUCCCAGGAUAUCAGUGGCUGAUCUUUUUCAUAUUAUUUUAAGACUUUGUUGCCUUUUUUUUUAACUUAGUUUAUCCCCACUAUAACGGGAGAUGGAUAUAUUAUGAAAUUUACAUUUGUGAUUUUUUUUUUUUAAACUCUCACCUAUUUAUGUUAAUAGCUCUAGCACCAUACCCAUGAGUCAUACUGAGAGCUAUUCUCAGAAUUUAUCAUUUUCUUUAAUUUCCGAAUGAAAAAUGGUCAUUUUUGUUUGUCAUGAAAAUGGAACAGCAAUAACUCCAUGUGCUUGUUGGUCUGUUUUAACUUGCAAGAAAAUGACUAUAAAUGUGGUCAGAUUUCCCUUGGACAUUAACUCUGUUUAAUAUUUACAUUGACAGUAUUGUGAAAAGCACUGUGUACGUUGGCACCAUGUUAGGCAACCUAUCAAAAGGUUUUGUAAGGCAUUAAAUGAAAGAGUCAGAAAUAUCCAUCAGAAUGUGUGUAAAGUUACAGUAGGUUGUAGUGUCAGCUGCUUCUUAUAUAACUACAUUCAUGGUUCAGUUGUUUAUGAACAAUUGUGUAUUUUGGUCAACCCUUCUAAGGCCUCUAGACCUGCUCCUGCUAUGACAUUGCUAAGGGUGGUAUCAUCACUGAAAGUUUUACAGUCCAUGCUUGUCAACGGUACAUAAACAACAUUGGGCAUCGUUUGAAAGAUUUCUUGGAAAACAUCUAUCACCCUCUAACAAAUGAAGAAAAGUCGCAAUCACAAAACAAGAAAGGCUCUCUAGAAUAUUUAUAUCUCAUUGUAUGGUGUCAUUGAUUCAUCUGCAUGAGAUGAAUGAUACCCGACUCUAUCAAUUAAUCAUUUUGUAUAUGAGACCCUGAAAUUUUGAUAUGUACAGUUUGCUAUGCAUUGACGGAUAAGUGCGAGUUAACUGAUGGUAUGUCAACUCAAAGGAGUCCUGGGUAAAACAUUUGAAUGCAUGUGAAGUGUGAAUGUGUGUAAAGUGAUGCUGUUGCCAUUUAUUAAGUGCCACUAUGGUUAUGCAAAUUGUAUUAUGUCACUACUGGUGGUCAUGUUGGCUUGACAUUUUGUAAGGGGAUCAUGUUGUUGUUUUUUUUUUGUGGGGGGGGGUCUAUCUCAAUGCUCCUCUCACAAUAUUAUUAUUAAUUUUUUUUUUAUAUCUCAUAAUGUCCUUAAGAUUUGUGUCCAGUAUAUUUCCUGAAGUGUGUCAUUCAGCCUCUGCUACACUUCUCAGUAUCAAGCUUUAGUUGUUAACUACAGCCGAGUCCAUUUCUACACAGUUGUUUGCUUAAUAGAUUAAGUUUUCUUUUACAAAAGAGACACUCAUAAUUACAGUUAUUAAAAUAAAGUGCAUUACAACAUGACUGGAGUUUGAGGUACCGUACCUACAUGACAAUGUUAAUUAUAUAAAAUAGUAGUUCGGUGUUAAUAUUUCAUUAAGAAAUAACAAAGAUUGUGUUACAUUAAAUGACUAUACUUUACAUAUAUUCCAUUACCCGGUACAUUACAAUGUUUACUACUAUAAAAAUCUAGAUGUCUUUGAAUUAGAUUUAUUAAAUCAGGCUGCAUUUAUGGGUUUUUCAAAUAUUACUGUAUUGUGUUUCAAAUGCCUAUCAUACUUGUCAGCAUGACCAUACCUAUUACAAUAUAUGAAGAUUUCAGAUAUGUUAUUGUAGCUAACAUCACAUCACAUUUCUGGUGUUGUGUCAUAACAAUUAACUUCCUGUCUAAAGGUAUUAUGGUCAACUGAACUUUACUAACCCAUGGAAAACUUGGUGGAAUUAUUGUAGAUUUUUUAUUUUAUUUUUUUUAAAACAGCCAUCUUUCAUGUGACCUGUCCUCUACCCAAUUGUUCUGGGUUGCACAUACACAUGAAAAUUAAAGUCACUCCAACUCAGCUUAUAUACUGAAUCCUCCAUUUUUUGGCUGUGUAGUAUUUGCCAAGUUGCCUUGUUAUUUUCACCUCACAUUUGAGUAGCUAAUUUAAUUUGAGCCAUAAAAAAAAAAUUUGUAAAAUAACAAUAAAUGUACAAUCACUGUAAACCACGAAGUCAUAUUACUCUCAUAUCCAAAAAAUAUAAAUGCAGCAAAAUAAUCUGUUUAAAAAAAAACAAAAAAACAAAGUGGCUCCAAAGCAAUUUAAUAAAUGCAAGUAUAUUACCAGCAUUGUAUGUAAGCCUUUGUCUUUAUUUAGAUGAACUGAAUCACUAAUUUAUUAAAAUACAGAGAGGUUUUUGUGUAUUUCUUUAAGAAAGUCUCAAACUGCAGUUUGGUUCAACUUGAAAUAUAAUUCUGUCUGCCUUAUACUGUAGGCAUGUACAUUAGAUAGCCAAUAUUUUACAUUAAAUGGCUUUAAAACAAAUACUUUUUUUGUAAAGGAAAAUCUUUAUAGCUUAACAAAUUUUUAAUAAAGAAAAUAAUUUUUUUUAAAAUUGUUGCAUGCAUUUCUUCUUUGUAGAAUACACAGUAACAUGAUUUGGCAUUAGAAUGAUCAAGACGAAGCUAUCCAUUAACCCCAUUACAGCCUUUUUUUUAUUUAAAAAAGACCAGACCUUACAGGAUGACAUUACAUGUGUUUGUUACAGGACCUAAAUCAUAUUCUUUUCUGAUAGGACGUGACCAAAAAAUUGCCUGUCAAAUGUUGACCAAGUAGGUUCAAAUCUUGUUUGUUGUUGUGCAGGUAACUAAACCAUUACGCUUUCAAUGUCUUUGAAAUUUCUACUUCUCUGAAAUUAACAAUAAUCAGUAGUUGAUCAAUGCCAAACUUUAAGCUCAUCUAGAAAACAUUGUUGUCUUCAUCGCUCAUUAUAAUGGUCACAUUUAUUACAUUAUCUUUGUAUUGGAGUUUUCAAAUUAAUGAAGGACUUUUUAUUCAAAUAUUCUCAAAUAAAAAAAUGUAUCAUAUGC